AUGCGACACUUGGCCCGAAAGCACGGACUGGUGGCCACCGACGAGACCGGACUCACACGACAGGAUGUGUUGGAGCAACAGUUGGAGGACAUUAGGAGCGGAUUUGUUGAUGGCUUAGUGUUUGGCAAAGACUAUAAGUUAGAAAAUAUUAAAUAUAUCGCUGAAACACUGCCCCAACAGUUGGACGCGUUGUCCCGGUUUUUAGAUACCCGUCAGUGGUUUACCGUUGGCUAUUUCAAAAUGCGUGGUAGGGCUCAACCCAUACGCCUGUUGUUGGCGUAUAAGGGCGUGAAUUUUACCGACAAAUAUUAUGACCCGCCGGGCGCUGACACCCCGGAGUCGUAUAGGGUUGAGUGGCGUAAGCAAUAA